CUGAAAAUUCUGAGCUUAAAAUCAAAGUAGCAAAAUUAAGCUGUGAUUUUGAGAAAAUAAAAUCAAAGGGAAUUAUCACUGAUUCUCCAGAGAAAUUGCCAAUUUCCGAGAAAAAGACAGUAAGUGUUUCUACCGAAAUGGAAAAUUCUAACGUCACUCCUGAACAAAUAGACUUACAAACUGGGGUGAGUCAACCUGAUAAGGAGGAAGCUAUUACUCCCGACUCUAUGCCUGAAAUAGAACAAAGUUUAACCCAGGUCCAAAAAGCUGAAUCAUCUACAACCUCUUUGCCACAAAAUAUUAUCGAUGUUGAUAUGGCCGAGACCCUUGAUUUUGUAGAAAUGAAACAUAAAGAACGUGGAAAGAAACUUCGAGAUCAAAACUCAUCUUUGAAUAGUACUUCAUCGGAACCAUUCUACGAAAAUCAAAAUCUGGAAUCAUCUAUAAUAUCGCAAUCUAUCUCUAAUAGUUCUGA